CUAAUGUUGCAGCGUAGAGAAGGAGGAGAAGUGGAAGCGGAUUUAUGGAUUAGAGCUUCAGAGACAGUUGCUAGCUUCUAAUUAAAUGCGUUUUGUACAUCCGUUCGUAUAUUUGUGUCAGUGUUUUUUUUGCUGAGGAGUUGUCGCAGCCGUCUGAUAAAUAAAGUGUAGUUAAAGGCGGAAGACGUCAGCUGCGAGGAGACGCAGCAACCCGGUUUCCUUGACAACGACGUCUCCCUGGAAAUAAACUCUCCAUCCAGCAUCCAGCCCGUCCUUCCAUCAUGUCCUCCCUGGAGUCCAGCGGUGACGGGGGGAAGUGGCUGGACGCCCACUACGACCCGGUGGCCGGUCUCUACACCUUCUCGUCCUGCGUGGACCUGGCGGACCUGAGCGGGGACGGGGAGAGCCGGCUGGUGGUGGGGGACCUGGGCUCCGGCGCGUCCGGCAUGAAGCUGAAGGUGUACCGGGGCACGGCGCUGAUGAGCGAGAGCACCCUGCUGGACCUGCCCGCCGGCCUCGUGGCCUUCUUCAUGGACCUGCACGAGCCCCGCAUCCCCGCUGUCGCCGUGGCGUCCGGACCGUGCAUCUACGUCUACAAAAACCUGCGGCCGUACUUCAAGUUCACCCUGCCUGGUCUGGAGGUCAACACGCUGGAGCAGGAUGUGUGGCAGCAGGUGAGGGAGGGCCAGAUCGACCCUCUGUCCCUGAAGGAGAUGCUGGAGAGCAUCAGGAAGAAGGCCGACGUCCCGCUGUCCGUCCGCUCUCUCCGGUUCUUGUCCCUGGAGACCGACCACAUGGACGAGUUCGUCCAGCUGCACAAGCAGCAGCCAAUCAAGCGGCAGACGGUCAUCACCUGCAUUGGGACUCUGAAGAAGAGCACGGCCGACGAGGACGGCGUCAGCUGUUUGGUGAUCGGAACCGAGAGCAGCGACGUCUUCGUCCUCGACCCUGAAGCCUUCAUCAUCCUCUCCAAGAUGUCUCUGCCGGCUGCUCCCACCAUGAUGGACGUGACGGGUCAGUUCGACGUGGAGUUUCGUAUCACGGUGGCGUGUCGCAACGGCAACAUCUACAUCCUACGCAGGGAGUCGGACAAACCCAAGUACGUCAUCGAGCUGGCGUCUCACCCGGUCGGUCUGGUGAGAGUCGGGAAGAACGUGGUGGUGGGCUGCACCGACGAGAGUCUGCAGGGCUUCACUCAGAAGGGGAAGAAGCUGUGGAAGACGGUCCUCACCGCCCCCAUCACCACCAUGGCUGCCAUGGACCUCCCUACCAGGGGCUUCCAGGCGGUUCUGGUGGGUCUGGCUAACUGUGAGGUGCAGCUGUACCGGGACAAGAACCUGCUGAGCUCCAUCAAGACCCCGGACGUGGUCACCAGCAUCUGCUUCGGUCGCUACGGCCGCGAGGACGGAACCCUCAUCAUGACCACGAAGGGCGGCGGUCUGAUGGUGAAGAUCCUGAAGAGGACGGCGGCGUUCGAGGACAAGGACAGUGCCCCCGGUCCACCUCUGGCCCAGAGCGUCCGCCUCAACGUGCCCAAGAAGACCAAGCUGUACGUGGACCAGACGCUGAGGGAGCGCGAGAACGGCCUGGCCAUGCACCGCGCCUUCCAGAUGGACCUGAGCCGCCUCAGACUCGCCGCCGCCAAAGCCUACGUCAAGGCGCUGGAGUCCAGCCUGACGCCCAUGUCCUCCAGCCUCAGCGAGCCCCUCAAGAUGAACGCCGUGGUCCAGGGCCUGGGUCCCUCCUUCAAACUGACCCUGAACGUCCAGAACACGGCGGCGUGUCGUCCCGUCAUGGACCUGGCCAUCAGCUUCCUGUACGACGAGAGCCUGUACAGGAUGAGGAACCCGUACAUGAGGAUCCCGCUGCUGGUGCCCGGACUCAUCUACCCGGUGGAGACCUUCGUCGAAUGUACCAGCGAUAAAGGGAUCUCAGACAUCAUCAAGGUGUUCGUCCUCCACGAAGGGAAGAGCUCGCCGCUGCUCACCGCCCACAUCAACAUGCCCGUCAGCGAGGGCCUGACUCUGAACUGACCGUUUCACCAGGAAACCAUCUGAGUGUGGAUAUAUAAAUAACGGUUAAUCUAGACAUAAAAUAAUAAAGUUUUGACUGGUAAUGUAAAUAUUUUCUAUAUUUUAUUAAAUUUAGAUUGAAGCAGUUAUUUCUCAGUAAAAUGUUUUGCGUAACUUUAUCUACGAUUGUAAAUGAGAAGCUGUGAUGAGUGAUUUCUGUCAUUCACACUGAGUGUUAAAGUUUAAAAAAAAACUUAAACUCAUCAAAUUUAGUCCAGUCUUAAGUUGCUCCUGAUAAUUUUGGCCUUUCUCUGCUUCCAUAUCGAGAUAUUUUCAGGAUUAAAUAAACGAGCUGCUGAUGUUUUCAGGUGAAAUGUUUUGACUCCUCUCAGAGACGGUAACAGAGGUUUUUGUUGGAUCAUAGUCGAGUUUUACAGACGUCCUCUUGGAUAAUGUUUGUAGAGAUUUAGCUCUUUGUCUGGUUUUAUUUGUACAGAGACAACAGACGUGUUUGAAAUCGUGUAUUUUUUAAAUUUAGUUUCAUUUAAAUAAAAAUUAAACACAGAA